UGUGAGGACGCACAGAGUUGUAGAGACAGACAGACGGACACUGGACACGGCUGUUGGACCUUUACUGGCUGCUAAAUUUCAGGAAUGGGAAACCAUAUUGUUUCUGACCGUAACAACAAGAAGAUGCCACUGGGUGACGAUUGCCAUGCCUGGAAAAAGAAGACCACAGAUGUGAAGGAUCAGUAUGACUUCAAAGAGAUCCUGGGAACGGGAGCUUUCUCUGAGGUGGUCCUGGCUGAGGAGAAGAGGACCCAGAAAUUGGUGGCUAUCAAGUGCAUCCCCAAGAAGGCAUUAGAGGGCAAGGAAAACAGCAUUGAGAAUGAGAUUGCAGUCCUGCAUAAGAUUAAACACGCCAACAUUGUAUCUCUGGAAGAGAUAUUUGAGAGUAAAUCACACCUCUACCUUGUCAUGCAACUGGUGUCUGGCGGGGAACUCUUCGAUCGUAUCAUAGAGAAGGGCUUCUACACAGAGAAAGAUGCCAGUAAGCUCAUUCAGCAGAUUUUGGAUGCCGUCAAAUACCUCCACGACAUGGGCAUUGUGCACCGUGACCUCAAGCCAGAGAAUCUGCUGUACUACAGCAUGGAUGAAGACUCCAAGAUCAUGAUCAGUGACUUUGGUCUGUCUAAAAUUGAGGGCUCUGGCAGUGUGAUGGCAACAGCAUGUGGAACCCCUGGAUAUGUUGCCCCUGAAGUGUUGGCUCAGAAACCCUACAGUAAAGCAGUGGACUGCUGGUCUAUUGGUGUCAUAGCUUAUAUUCUGUUGUGUGGUUACCCUCCAUUCUACGAUGAAAAUGAUGCCAAACUCUUUGAACAGAUCCUGAAGGCAGAAUACGAGUUUGAUUCUCCGUACUGGGAUGAUAUCUCUGAUUCAGCUAAAGACUUUAUAGUCCACCUGAUGGAGAAAGACCCCAGCACACGUUACACCUGUGACCAGGCUCUGCAGCACCCCUGGAUUGCUGGGGAUACUGCUCUAGACAAGAACAUCCACGAGUCUGUCAGUGCUCAGAUCAAGAAGAAUUUUGCUAAGAGCAAGUGGAAGCAAGCAUUUAAUGCCACAGCAGUGGUCCGUCACAUGAGACGUCUGCAGCUCGGCACCAGCAGCGAGGGACCCAGCCCCACCAUGUCCAGUCCGUGCCGAACUCAUCUGCUAAAGGAAGAUGAAGAGGCCUGCUGUGAGGGAGGGUGCUCCCAGAACGUUGAUGCCAACUGCACCUACCGCUGCCACCCGACCAGCAGGGUGUGAUCCCCGCGCCUGCUCCACUUACCCUAUUCAAUCCCAGUGACUUUCCAAUUUUAACCCCCUCGGUGGAACCGGAGGCACCAUCUCCCCCCUUAUCUGGUUAGGAAUACAGCGUCAUUCCAACCUCUCGCCUGCAGGGGGAGCCAGCCUGUCCAGCCUGAGAAGGAAGACCUGAAAUGGGAUGAGAGGAGGAGCAGGGAGAGUUGAUGAAGAUGAUGCACUGGAGGAUAACUUUUACAGACUGGGCUGAUAGUUUGGGAUGUGUUGAAAUAGGGAGAGGAUACAAAGGAAGGAGGGAAAGAUAACCUCAUCCACCAGCAUGUCAGGGGGGAUUGUUUUUGCCGAAGCAGGACAGAGCUUGUUGGACACUGUUUUUACUCAUGAUUUUUGAUUCAACUCGUCUCUUUGUCUGUUUUAUUGUUUAUUGUUUUAUAUAUUUUUGUGUUGUCUUUUUAACCUCCUACUUCGGAGUGUAAAUCCAGAGACAAUAUCUGCAUGAUCAGGAGAGAGUCCCCCCCACCCCACCCCAUGCAUGUUUUAUUAUCUUAAAAAUAUUCCCGGUUGCAGAACUGCAGUAUCGCAGUACAAUGCAACAGAUGGGAUCUUGUGGGCAAAGUUGUUUAAAGGGGAAAGACAUAGAUCAUCUGGAUAUGUUGCAGUGUUUGAAAUGAUAUUGGGUCAAAUCUUGUAAUUUCACAGAUCUGCAGUCUAUGUCUUUAAGUCGUGCUUUUAGACAAUCAGUAACAAUAGUUUAUGCAAUGAAAACUCCAUAUAUCUACUAUGUAGCCUUUCUUGUGGCGAUAUAGUGUUUCCUUGCAGCGGUUUGGCUUCUUGAGAGGAAAAGGCUUCUCCCUCUCUCUUUCCCUCUCUCUUUUUUCAACCCUGAACCUCUUUAAACACUCAAGCACAGGGAUAUAUCUUUGUCUAAGGUGCCUUUAGGAUAUACAGUAUGAUGAAUUUAUUUUCGGGUAGCUUCUAAAAUGUUUUGUCUGUUUCUUUCAGCACAGACUCUUUCAGUAACUUCAUAUUUUGUAUGUAUCACAUUUUAAGCUUUAAAAAUGCAGUUUUAUGCUUUUUGUCUCAAAGUUAAGUACUGUAAUCUCAGAAGGAGGGCCUGUGUGCAUAAUGUACACUGCCAUUAUAGUCUCAGUUAAAAUACACCAGAAUUACAAUAUGAAACAAUAAUGCUAUUAUAACCCUUCUGGAGAGCUUCAACAGGGGCAUGGUGUACUUUUUUAAAAUAUCUCUCAAAUAAGUUUUCAGAAAUAUUAUUAUUACUUUUUCAUCUCCCUCAAUGACACAUAUUAAAGAACUUUGUUCUUGUAUUUCAGUACAAAUCCUAAGCUAAAUUUUGUGCAGAUAUCGUGUAUUUACAAACCGGAUCAGUGCUUAGCCAUAUUCAAGACUAGGCUGACUAGAAGGAUUAAAUAGAUUGUGUGAAUGCAAAAAAAAAACAAACUGCAACCAACAUUUGAUAUGCAUCUGUCACCAUGUACUGUAAUCGUACCAUCAUUCAAAUCUUUUCUUCUUACAUUCUUUGACAGGCAAAUUUCCUCCACAUGCAGCCUGUAUAGAAGGAGAUUAAAGAAUGUGAAUAUGCUUCAUAUUGACUCACUUCAUCUUUACUUUUCAUAUGUGCCGUUUAUUUUUCUGUGUGCAUGAAGAGUAUGUUUGGUUCAUUUUUCAUUCAUUCAACUCUAAACUAAAAACAUGCAUAGACAAACUUGGUGUUGAGUAUCAGAUAUAGAGGAGGGUAAAGCGCAUUUGUUGGACUCUUCUGUACUUCAUUUUGGGGGCGUGUAACAGCCAGGAGCUGAGGGACUGUCCGAGAUGGCAGUGAAUGUGAUGCUGAGAUCUUCCACGGACCAUCACUCCAUCCAGUUUCUUUUUAACUGUUUCAUUCUCUCUGAUACACCAGUAUAGACAUCUGGUACUGAUGUGAUUUGCAUGAUGUGGCUUGAAAUGUGUCACUCCCAUGACCAACAAUGAAUAGUGUGUACACUACUUGUGAUAUUGUCACAGUUGACAUCAGCCAAGUGCUUGUAAAAGAAGAUAUUUUGUCAGAAGUUUAAAGUUCUCUUCAUGCAGAUGAGUAAAGAGCAACAAAAAGUUGUAUUAACUUUUCAACAGGUCAAAGCAAGUUCAAUGUGCCGCUUCAACAUUUUUGAGCUUUAUUCUGCAUUCCUAUUGGAUAGGCGUUGUAGUGUAUUCUGGCAGUAAUGUAACUGGUGACUCCAAACUGUAAAACGUAGUUUAAAGAGUGAUUUAUUUUUCCGGGAUUUUCUGUGUAAAAUGUCCGUACCUUAUAAAUUACUGUGACAGAGGAAGACCCAAACAAGCACAGGAUAGCUGACGCAUGGAGGCAGUUGCUGUCCACAGAUUUAUUAAUAUUGGCAGACUGACAAUAUUGCAAUUAAUCUCCUGUUAAUAAAAACAAAUCUGCUAAUUUGACAUAAAGCCACAAACAGGCAUUAAUCUCCUGCAGUCUGAUAGAGGUCCUGUAAUUUGCCUCCUGAUGAUGAUUAAUUUUAUUGUAUGAAUAUAAGAAGGGGUUUCACACACUCCAGCUCCCUCUGGUUAAGCAAACACAAAGUACGCAAAUUCAAAAUGUUCCCACAAACUCUCUCUCAUAUCUCUAGAUUACUUCUAUGAAAAAUCUAGAGAUAUGUUCUAAAUUUUAACCUGAGGCAAAGAAACUGGAAACGGAAAAAGCAAAGAUUUUUGCAUUCCAGCGCAGUGAAACAAGUGACAAUGAAAUACAUUACCAAGUAGUAUCCCAUUACCUCACCACUCAACCACCUUGGCAGGAAAAUAGCAGGAGUGAUAUGGCAUACAUACAUUUCAUUUGUGGAUUUAACAGAGCAGCAGCCUGAUGGAAAAAGAAGAUUUGUGUGAAAGGUUUCUCCUUUGAUCACUCAAUUACCACUUGGAGAGAGUGACCAACGUGCGAUAAGAUUUGUUGUAUACAAAUGAGUAUCUGUACCAUAAAUAUGUUGCCUUUUAAGAAAUGCUGUUUCAGGCUGCAGUACCUACUGUGUUCAUAGAUGCAAUGCAUCAUGGGUUGUUGAAAAGUGACUAUACUGCUCAGUGUGAAAGCCAGUGACUUGUGCUUGAAGUAAGUGAAACAUACAUUAAAAUCCCUGUCUAUGCAUUAUGAA